AUCAACACUCGCUUUACACUGCACUCAGUCUCCACUUGUAUCAUUUCAGUUACUUGUUAAUAUUUCAUUAUUUAUUUAUUUACUUGUUUGUUAUCUUUUUUUUGUGAUUUAACUUCUGGUUGAAUAUGUUCAUGUAAUUAAGAAUACUCGUUAUUGGUGGAUUUAUUGGAUAUAAAUCGGAGAAUAGAUUUUUGUAACUUAUAGUUGGCAUUUUAUGCAAAUGCUGCGCAUCUUGUACAGAAAAAUGUGUAAUUUAACGUGUAAAAAAGCCAUUAUGUUGGUAUUUGGGAUAUUUUUUAUAUUAUUUUUCUCCGGUUACAUGUUCUUCUUCAAUCACGGUCCUCCGGAGAACAUUAUAGCAGCGAAUCGGGAAAACCGGCAAGGAUUUCGCGUGUUUGAAAACAAAGACAGUAAUAAAAAUGAACUGGAUAUAGAAAUAGAGGAAGAAGAACGAAAAGCUAUAGAAUACUGGGAACUAUUUAUAAAGAAACAUGAUUUUACGCCCAUAGGAGAACUAUAUGAUAACUGUGAUGAAAAAGACCGUAUGAUGGUUGGACGGACGAUAAUGUUACCAGAUGUAAGAUGGGGCGGAUUAAAAGGAGUGAAGGCGAGAACUUUCAUAAAUACAACGUUAGACUCCGAGCUGACUGGCGGAAGAUUUUUCCUCGAAGUAAAAUAUAAUGGCAAAGACCUAUACAGUAACAACUGGGAACUAUGUACCCUAGAUGAAGAUUACGAAGAUCGGCUCAUAUACUGUCCCUUCAAUCCCGGAGAGUAUUCUUUUGUGAAAGACAGGCAAAUUCCUUUAUAUUUACCAAAGGGGCGGUACGAGACAAAGGGUUGGAUGACGGACCAGGAAGGCCAGAUUAUCGUCUGCGGCUUCUCGGAUUUCUCCCUCUAAAUCACAGUUCUUAUACAGAACAUUACAUUGACUUUCUAAAAGCGGAUUUUCGUAAAAUUUAUUUCUAAGUAUGCAGGCACCAAAUAUAACAAAACCAUCUACAUGUAUAUGGUUGUUAGCAGAGUUAUUUUGACGAUAAAUUUCGUUGCAAAAAAGAAAACAACGUUUUCUUACGUAAAUUCUGUGUCCAGGUAAAUUUCCAAAACAUUUUCUCCAGAAUUUUACCGAACCUUUAAGUUGAUUUUUUGCUUGAAUUUUUACUAAGGUAUUCACUUUUUUUUUUCAUAAAUUCAAAAUAGAGUCAAAUUUACUUUUUGCUGUAAAAUAUUGUGGUACCGAAAUUUGUAAUGCAUCUCAUCGAAAUUAUAUAUAUAUAUAUAUUUUUUUUUUUAUUUUUACCCUCAUGAAAUUGAUUCCUAUCAGGAUUUGUGAUACCAGUCUUUAGAUCGACGAAAAUAAACACGGCACACGCAUUAGAUAAUAUUUCUACAGCCUAUUUCAACCAAACUAUUCCAUAAUUAUAAAGGGACUGACCUACAGGUUUAAAGCAGCAUGUUUCUAGAUAUUCGCGUAACAAAACAGGCAGUAAUUUAUAAAGAAAUCAGAGAUAUUAUCACGACGGAAGUUUUAUACAGUUUUCGAGUUGGGAAUUAAAAUAAUUGACAAGAUUUAUCAACAAAGCAAUGCAGUAUGCUAGUGUGCCAAAUUCAACCAAAAAUUGAAAUAAGCCUGUUAGGCCAGGCUCGUAUUCAUCAACGUAAAAAGUCUGGAACUUAGAAUGGCAAAUAUUCAAGUUGUCAUAAUAUUGUUUACAGCAAAGCUAUACUAAUGCAAUUUCGCAGAGUUGUCUGUAGCUACAGAAUGAAUAUAGACGCAAAGUUUUAUUACAUCCUGUGUUAAUUAAAAGUGACUUAACAAAAAAAUAAUCAUUUAGCAUUUUAAUGUCUUCAGACUAAAUUUUAGAUCUUAAACGCUGAUGAAUGCGGGCCCUGGAUAGUGUUGUUUUUUUUUUUAAUUAUUAUGUUAUUUAAGUAUAUAUAGAGGAUAUUUGUUUGUUUCAGUGUAAGAUUGAAAUAUCUUUCACGAGUGAACACCAGAUGCAAUAUUUUACCAGUGAAAAAAAAAAUAUAUUUGAUAUUUUUCACUGUGAAAAUACAAGAUAUAUAUCACUCUGAUAUUUUGAUAAGUCGCUGAAAAGCAUGUGAUAUAAAAUUAUUCAACAGAUUUACAAUUUGAAAUUAUUCCUAUCAGUGACGUUCAAAUGAUUGAUCAGGCAGAACAGUCUUGAAACUUCUACAACAUAUUGUAUCAGGAAAACAAUGUCUGGUUAUAGGAACACUACAGUAAUAUUAAACUCAUUCAUUAUUAAUCAUUUAGUUGAUAUUUUGUUCUUGAAUCAAGUCAUUAUUACAUUAUCUUACUUAUACAUUUGUAUUUCAUUUAAUUAAUAGAGAGGUUGCGAUUUUGUAUUAGUUUGCGUACGCGUACAUGCAUGCAAAGCUUUUUGCUAUAAUAUGAAAUUUUACCGAGCUGCUCAUUAAACGUGCAACUCUAUACCUUAAAGACUCGAUCCGUGCGCAUGUCUAAACAUUGGGAAAAAUAAAUGAGCCGCGCCAUGAGAAAACCAACAUAGUGGCUUUGCGACCAGCAUGGAUCCAGACCAGCCUGCGCAUCCGCGCAAUCUGGUCAGGAUCCAUGCUGUUCGCUAACGGUUUCUCUAAUUACAAUAGGCUUUAAAGGCGAACAGCAUGGAUCCUGACCAGACUGCGCGGAUGCGCGGGCUGGUCUGGAUCCAUGCUGGUCGCAAAGCCACUAUGUUGGUUUUCUCAUGGUGCGGCUCAAAUAAGGAAUAAAUUCUGCACGUAUGCAAACGCGCAUUAGUAUGAAAUCGCAAUCUUUAACGGUCGCAAAUUAUGUUUUUGUGUUUACUUAUUUUUUACACUUGUUUAUAUGAAAGUGCUGUCUGUGCUUGAAACAAUCGGUGUAAAUAUGGAAGUAUGUCGCUUUAAAUUAUUUUGUAUAACUCUCUCUCUCACUCACACACACGCGCAUAUAGUUUGCACCGCACACAAAAUUAGCUGAAGGAAAGCUAAUUUUCAUCAAGCUAUGUCUGUGAUAAUAUCGUAUUUCUUAUUUAUCUAAAACACAUUGAAUGAUUUUGAUAUACGCAAAUUUUGGCAAUAGUUAUUACACUUAAGUUUUAUAAAGCCCACGGUUCCACAGUGCUUUUAAUUUCAUAUUAAAAAAUAAAACAUCUGUCCAAACGGAGGAUAUAUAUAUUUUUCAAGGUUAGAAAAGCUCUACUAUCACUUAUACCACCAGAGCACUAAAGGGAGAUAAUUUGACUGUAUUCAAUAACUAUUGACAAAUAGACGAUAUAGCAAAUGUCGAAUAUAGAAGAUAACAAGAAAUUUUGUGUUCAUUAUUUUUUUAAUUGCCCAUAUGAAGUAGCUUUAAAAUGUAUAUAUGCAAAAUGUUUAAAUGAUGUAAAUAAUGUCAUUUUAUUUAUUUGUAAAUAAAGCAACAAAGAAAAUAA